AUGACGAUGGUUAUUGAAAAUCAGAACCGCCAGUACGGCGGCAUGAGCUUCGACAAUGUCUACCACCACAACCCACCACAAUUCACAGACCCCUGGGCUACCGCGCAUACCACCUCUCACUCGACUCCCCCUGUCUAUGCGACAUCCAUGGGCAACAGUGCCAGCAUCCCCAUCAACCCCGUCAAGUCAGAGGAAGUCGGCCGACCAACCGCCAUGUCCAUGCCCUACCCCAACAUUCCCGUGUCGGCACCGUCGCUGGUGCCUGGCAGCAACUACACAGCUACUGGCUACGGCCCAGAGGUGAUGGCAAUGCAACAUGAUGUACCGCGCACUGGUUUUGAGCAGGCCCCCACCUACACCACAGCUCCCCCCAUGAGCAGCUUCGCGCCCUCCAGCUAUGCGCCAGUCAGCUACGCUCCCAUCCACCCUUCCCAGUCCCAAGACGCCCGUCGCAUGUCGCAUUCAGAUGCUCGUGUGGGUUCUUCUCAAGCUCCACCAGGCGCUCCCACCUUUGGAGACGCGCUCGACGCCAGCCGAGGAAUGGUGGCGCUCAGCCAGGAUUUGACUCCCCGGAACAUUUACGGGCCUCGCGGUGCCCGCGGUUCGACUGAUUCCUACGGUUUCCCUUCAACACACUCCUCUGCUUCCUCCAUUUCCUCGGGCGGCAACUACCCCUACUACAGCGCCUCCGUGGGCUCUGUGGAUUCUUCCGUGACCGAUUACAGCUCGAGCACCUCCGAGUCAUAUGAGUCGCGCACUCUGCCCCGGCCGACCAGCCUGUUGGCUGGUAGCGCGCCUGCCGGUCCCCAGUCUAUGAUGAGCCAGUUCAGCUCCAAGAUGCCCUCCAACACCCAAAAGAAGCACAAGUGUAAGGUCUGCGACAAGCGCUUCACGCGUCCUUCUUCGUUGCAGACACACAUGUACAGCCACACUGGCGAGAAGCCAUUCGCUUGUGAUGUUGCAGGCUGUGGACGACACUUCUCCGUUGUCUCAAACUUGCGUCGCCAUAAGAAGGUGCACAAGGGCGAGAAAGACUGCGGCUCCCAAGACGAAGACGAGUAAAUUUCUCGCUCAAAAGAUGCAAUGACCUUCUCUUCUACUCAAGUGAUUCAACUUGAGUCCCUUUGAGAGCUCUACCCUUCCCUACCAGCCUGCGCGAAAAAAAAGAGCGCGCCAAAUAUCCCUCCCACCCCAUACCCUCUAUUCCGACUACAGAACCCGCCCUUGCCUUCUGCCGAGUUUCGUCCAGUUCAACUGUGUUGACUCUGGAUUAAUUAGACUCAUGCUCCUCAUUGUACAACACUGUGGAUCUCAUUUCUCAUUUCUCAUCUAUUUCCUUCUACGCUACAUUACAGGGCUUUGGAAGUCAUAUAUACCCGUGUACAGGAUUCUGUCACACUCUGGGGUUCAUCGGAUACGGUACAAGGGCCACCAUGGGAAGGGAGAGCCAUUUCUUUGACGCAUUUUCACAUUUUUUCCUUUGUUUAUCAUGUUAUGACCAUAGAGGUUCCGGCUGGUUUGCGUUCCUGGUUGUUUCUUUCUCUUCUUUCGCUAGACACUGGGAGUCACCUGUUGUUUUUGUUUUCGAUACCAUGGGC